UGACCUGCGGGAUUAAACACAACGGUUGUGUAAAUUUGUGGAUUUGGUCCCGAGCUCCAGAGGGCCUUGUUUACAUCUCAAUCCCCGGGUUAGAGUGGGUGAGAGGCUGCGGCACAGCGGGAGACAACGAUAAGUGGGGUGGCUAACGGGGCUAGCUCUUAUGUUGGACAUUUUAGAGACGCAACAAAUUAAUGUUUUUCAAAAGCUUGGGGUAGUUUGCUCUGCGAGUUACCCACCAGUUUGACUCGUGCGACUCGCGGGUUGGGCAUGCCGUGUCUCCGCUGCUGAAUAUAACGUUUACUGCCGGUACGCUAGCCAGGAAGCUAAUCCGGCUAACGGUAAACUGGUCAGCCGAUUUGUGUAUUUGAAUUAGCGUUAACCCCUGGUCCUCGUUGUGUCUACGUCGUCACCGAAAUCGUACCACCAUGCCGAUGUCCAGCAACAACCAUGCCGGGGUGUUUUUGUUAUUAUUUAUUUGUUUACGUUGCUUAAUCUGUCCCCCGUCCUCUUACUCCCCAUCCCCCAAAACGGGCUAUCAGACUCGGUGCUGCUGAGUCGCCGUGAAACAUUAGCAAGAUGUGUGUCACCCAGUUGGCGGCCUAUUUUUAGCCUGGAACGGGCGGAAUGUCGCUGGCCUGGCACCGGGGCCGGCUAACCUUGUUUUAGAUCCUGCUGGAUAUUUUUUGCGAUGUCACAUUGGAUUGACGGUGCCGGCAAACUGCUCUGCUCCGGUGUCUCUCGACCAUCCUGGAUGCAAAUCACAGGUCGAAAUGAACCGAUAGUGGUAUUAACGUUUGUGUUAUCUUUAGGGUAUAUGUUAACUGUUACUUUCCUUUCAAAGUCAAUUAGACUCAUUGUGUCGACACGUUUUCGCAAGGAGAAACCCCGCUAUCAUCCACAUUUAUGAAAAAAAGCACAAUAGAACAGUGAUACCACUGUGGAAGGGGACCACCAUCCUGACAAAGACACAUUAAGGGCAUGUCACUAGUGCUGUACUAGCAACGCAAGAUACAUGUAAUGGAUUGUGAUUAGUAAUGUUGGAGUGGAACAAGGAAAUACAUAUCAUCCAAUCUGCAUUAAAUAUGUGCAAUCCAAUCUCAAGUUGCCACUGUGAUUUUAGUACUUUAGUCACUCAUACUUAAUAUGUAUGUUUACUCUGUAACUUUGCUUGCUGCUGCUACAAACAAAUCCCCCCCUGGGGAGAUAUAUAUAUAUAACUGACAUAUUCAAUUAUUUCAGAAGCUGAGCUGUGUAAAAUGAGCAUAUUGUGCCUCAUGUUCUUGGGCUCUAUAAAAGACAAUCCGCAAAAAUAAUUAGACGACAAUUGUAGACAAAGUACAUGUGUGUACUACCCCCUGUCACCAUUCAUAAUAUCAAUCAGGUCUUGCUUUGCAUUGCAAGAAUCUUUAACUCAAUUGAGAUGGGCUUUCCUGUCCUGCUGUGUCCAAUAUUACUUACCGGUUGGUCAUAUAAUUAACUACUGUUGAGGUGUUCUGUUUUCCUCAUCCCUAAAUCCAAAGCAUCUUCAGCUAAUCCUCUAAAUCAGGGAUUCCCAAAGUGUGGUGCGCGCACCCCUUGGGGUGCGCGAGCUGUCUCGAGGGGGUGCGCGAGAGGAAAAAUGUAAUGGUGGUCAAUGGUGUAAUAAUUAAUAUUAAACAUUCUCAGGGCUCUCAAGUGUCACGCAUUGAGCGUGAGACUCACGCAUUUCGGUCUUAACUCACGCACUCCCGCCACACAACGUAUUUCUCACGCUGAAAAAAACUCUUGGCUAUUUAAUGUUUGAAUGCAGGGGUGCUCAAUACGUCCGCAGAGCUCCGACGCCGGUCUGCGCGCGCAUCGGGACGGAGCAAAGAAAAAGUCACUCGCAAGGUGUGGGGGAUAGGGGGUGCGUGAACCCGGUCGUGUUGUAGAAGGGGGUGCGUGGCUUAAAAAGUUUGGGAACCGCUGCUCUAAAUCAUGUCUUAAGGCUUAACCCAUGCCGUGUGCCCUACACAUGUUUAUCAGAUAUACAGUGCAUCUAAAAAAUAAAUGCAGAAUAUAUGAGCAAGAGCUGAUUUUAAAGUCUUGUUGAUGUCCAAAACUAGAAACAAAAGUGGAGUAGCAGAAAGAGAUGCACCCAGACAAUAAAAGAGGAUUGUUUGGAAGGAAGUAGGGAGUAGGAUUGUAAAGGUUCAUAGCAUUAAAGAGCAGUGAGUCAAAUGGUGAGUAGAGUAGAUGUAGCUGAUAUCUGAUCAACUGUGCAGGCAGAAUAUUUUAUUUUCCUUUUUGAGUAGUUAUUCAAACUGUGUCAAUACUUUGAGAGCACCUUAAAGCAGUCAUCAAAUUCCUUGUUUGUGCACACAUACAUGGCCAACUAAGCAGAUUUGGAUAUGACAAUCUGUAAGAACAGCUCAAGUGCUUUGUAGAAAAGCCAUGUGACGAAAAGCACAGGCAAACGUUUAGCAACACCUGUCUGGUAACGUACUAGCUUGUAUUGGCCUGCGACAGAAUAUGUUAUGCAAGAAAUGAUGUGUAAGAAGAGUCCAGUUUAAAAAGGCUGCAACAAAUGCUACAGUAUGGUAUGGUUGAUUUUCUUUUCUUAGAAAGCUACGGGCAAAUAGGACAAAUGUUGUCACCCACCACAGAGUGACUGAUGAAGUUGUCUUCAUUAAUAGACAUGUAUUAUUUGUGGAAAAUUAGAGACGGUUCAGACUUUAGUCCAAAAUCAACACUUACUCUGUACUUUAUAGGCACCCUGCUUAAUCUGUCCGAAGGCUCCAUUUAGGGGAGUUGCUUGCCGACUGCACUAUUUUAAAAUGGGUUGAGUUUGCUCUGUGAGCUCGAUUGACCCAACAUUUAUUUUCAGAAAUUAGUACCCAAAGUAUUCGGUUGAUAUUGUCAUUAGACUCUCCAAAGUAUGUAAAACACCACCUCUGUUGUUCUGUGUGGCGUUGUCAAUAUUAUAUAAUUUCCAUACAUGUGCCACAUGGACAAUUGAAUAUUACCAACUAGUAACCUACCUUUCAGACAGUGUUAAAAAGUAAUGCGUCUCCCAAAGUCUACCGCCUUUUGUGCUCCAAAAACAUGUUUAUUGGAGUCAGAAGGAGGCACUCCACAGUACUCUAAGGCACUCAACAUUUUUAAUUGCGUAGAAAUGCCCAUUUAUUAUAUCAAUAUGAGAUAUUAAGAAAACACAGCACAGCGUGAUUUUGAACUUUGCACAUGACCCAAAGAAGUAGUUAUGGGAUCACGACUUAAUUCUAUUGUGUAGUAUGUUUGUGUAGAAACUCUUAGUUGGUAAUGAAAGAAAUACAACACUGAUAUUGUGUAUACUGACCUUUUGGAUAAAGCCACGUGUGUGCGAGGGAGAAUAAAGUAUCUGUGUUCAGGAAAUCCAAUUAAUGUAGUGAUAAUGCAAAGCGUUGGGCUUCCUGUCAAUGACAGAGCUUCUAACUGUUUGGAGAAUGUGUGAUUAUUUAGAGAUUCCUCUUACCAAUGCACAACUUUUGAAAAGUUCGUAGACAUCUGCAAAAAUGGAAAUGUUAAAAACACCCCGAGCAAAUAAACCCUAUAUUGCCAUUUGAUUCUGAUAAUGGAAAGUGUUCACCUUGGUUAUUAGUAUAAAUUAGGGCUGUCAAUCGAUUUAAAAAAAUUAACUAAUUAAUCGCACAUUUUGAAAUUCAUUAAUCGCGAUUAAAAGUUUUUUUUUCUUUCUUCUUUUUAAAGACAAAACUUCACACAGAGCUGUGUUUUCAAAGAGGCUCCUACCUAUAAAGUGCCAGCGAGGUAUUUAAUAUUGUGGAUGAUAAAUUGUUUCUUCAGUGAAACAUCCAGAUUAGUAAAAAAAUAUAUAUAUUUGAGACCCCAUUGGUCCUGUCACCUUUAACAUUGGACAACAGCAGAACCAGUGGCCUUGGUAAACUGACUGACAUUCACAUAUGUCACGUUAACCCUCUGGAGGCUGGGCUCAUGUUCUCCAUUUUACAAAAAAAUGUAAAUUCACCUUUUAAAGGCGUUUGCAUAUGACACAUGCCCAUGUGUUAUACAUCAAACAUUCCAGAACAAUCUCAGCUCUAUUCAAUGAGGCACAUUUGUCCUUGCGCCGUGUUCUCUGAUUCUCUGACUGACAGGCUGCUAAUGAGCCUCACCUGUGAGGUGGGAGGUCCUUUGUGAUUUACUGAGUGUUCAUUGGUUGUUUUUUUCGCAAAAUGUUGACAGACAAACGGAUUGACAAAUCACUUUGAAGGUUUCGUGUGACGAGUUCUUUCCGCGCCGCGUCACCCGACACGUCGCCCCUCCGUUCCUCUGUGUAUCAGAGGGGGAGACGGGAGGAUGGAGGAGCAGGAGGAAACCCGACUGAUUAAUCCACGAGUUUAAACUGAUUUCUGCUCCUUAUUUUCACGGAGAAAUAAUUGUUUUAAAAUGGAAACAGUGUUAAACCGCACUGCCGCGGUUUGACACUCAGAGGAGUGUAAAAACUUCAACGAACACCGGAAGUAAAAAAAGUUGCGUUAAUUGUGUUAAAAUAUUUUAGUGCGUUAACGCGGCCAAAUUAAUAGCAUAGAUUAACGCGUUAAUGCUGACAGCCCUAGUAUAAAUCCUACAUGUUGUGUACACGUAUGAAAAUAUGUUUUGAGAAGUUGGGGGACAUUUUCAGACUUUUGUUUUUAAUCAGCCCUUUCACUUCCUACUUGACAUAUUUAGAUUAUGAAUUACAUUUUUUUAUUACGUUAACGUACACAAAAAUAAGCUAUAAUCAACAACUUUGAUCAUUUACAUGUUUUUUUCUUCCCACUUUUUCCUUUGUUCCUCUACUUCUUUCUUUUUCUUGUUCUCUUAUUUAUUUAUUAAUUCCUUUUUUUCCCUUUCCUUCUAUUCGGCCUGUUCCCCUGUUAAGAUCAGCCUGUGACCAGCUUUCCAAAUGAGUGACGGGGAGUGUGACUUCUUCUGCUUCUUUCGCUGCUGCUGAGCGUGCCUCAGGCCGACAGGAAGGCAGGGUGUCACUUUGCGGUGCCAGGGAGACAGCGAGGUGUCUCUUCAAACAACCCACUUUCACCAAUUGAACCACUUGGAUCCGACAGGUAGGCAGGCCGUCCGGGUGGUCGAUUCAAUCGACUGGAUGUCUGUGGACAUGAACAGCCAGGCGUCGGACAGCAACGAGGAAGACUUUGGGGUGAACUCUGAAGAGGAGGAAGAUGAGGACGACGAUGAAGGAGAGGAGGAGGAGGAGGAUCAGGGCGACAUCUCAACCUACUAUGAGGGGGUAGCCAGUGAUGUGGAGCAACAAAGCGCUGACUCCUUUGACCCGGAGGAGUACUUGUUCACCUGUCUGACCUACAAAGAGAGUCAGAGGGUGUUGAUAGAGGAGGUUAACACUGUGGCCGCUGCACUGAAGGUUUUACCGGCAGUUGCAAAACUGAUCCUGGUGCAUUUGCACUGGCGGAUUACACAAAUACUGGACAGAUUUAAGUCCAACUCGUCGCUGCUGUUGUCAGACGCUCUGGUCCAGCCCAGCAGCACCUGCAGAUUAGUCACUGCUCCUCAGUCCCUCCAAUGUGGCGUGUGUCUACAGAUUGUGCGGAGAGACUCCCUGCUGGCGCUGCCCUGCCAGCACUCUUUCUGCAAAGGAUGCUGGGAGCAGCACUGCACUGUCCUGGUCAAAGAUGGCCUGGGAGUGGGUAUCUCAUGUAUGGCUCAGGACUGUUCCCUGCAGAUGCCAGAAGACUUUGUCCUGCCGUUGCUGCCAGGAGAGGAGCUGAAGGACAAAUACAGACGCUACCUCUUCAGAGACUAUGUCGAGAGUCACUUCCAAUUGCAGUUAUGUCCCGGUGCCGACUGUCCCAUUGUCAUCAAGGUGGAAGAGCCCCGGGCGCGCAGGGUGCAGUGUAGCCGCUGCAGGGAAGUCUUCUGUUUUAAAUGCCGUCAGCUGUACCACGCACCCACGGACUGUGCAACAAUCCGGAGAUGGCUGACAAAAUGUGCAGAUGACUCGGAGACGGCCAACUACAUCAGCGCACACACUAAAGAUUGUCCUAAGUGCAAUAUUUGCAUUGAGAAGAACGGGGGGUGCAAUCACAUGCAAUGCUCCAAGUGCAAACACGACUUCUGCUGGAUGUGUCUUGGUGACUGGAAGACUCACGGCAGUGAAUACUACGAGUGCAGCCGCUACAAAGAAAACCCUGAUAUCGUCAACCAGAGCCAGCAGGCUCAGGCCAGAGAGGCCCUCAAGAAGUACCUCUUCUACUUUGAGAGGUGGGAGAAUCACAACAAGUCUCUACAGUUGGAGGUUCAGACUUACCAGAGGAUUCAGGAGAAGAUUCAGGAGAGAGUGAUGAACAACCUGGGAACCUGGAUCGACUGGCAGUACCUGCAUAACGCGUCAAGGCUACUGGCUAAGUGUCGCUACACACUGCAGUAUACGUACCCGUAUGCCUAUUACAUGGAGUCCGGCCCACGCAAGAAACUGUUUGAGUACCAGCAGGCCCAGCUGGAGGCGGAGAUAGAGAACCUGUCGUGGAAGGUGGAGAGGGCCGACAGCUACGAGAGGGGAAUGGUGGGAGUCGAGGGGGAGCUCACCGCCAGUGACAGAGGGGAUCUGGAGAAUCAGAUGCACAUUGCUGAGAAGAAGCGACGCACGCUGCUGAACGGUUUCCAAGACACCUGAAGCUGCAUUGCGACUUCAAAGCACCAGCAUCUCCAUCCCGCCUUCCUUACUUUCUUCCUUGCCUCCGAUCUUUGCUUCCUUCAAUGACCAUGCAGUCAUACCGACCCCUCCUUUUUGCUCCCACACUGGUUCAUUCGCUCUUUUCUUUCCGACUUUCCCUCCUAUUGCUCCCGUAAUGCUGCAGGGUCACAGAAUGGCACGAUUGUAUCUCCCUUUCUUCCUCUCAUGCUCAUGACACAGCACAUUUACAUGUUUUGGCUCCACAAGCGUCACAUUACAGCUUUUCAGAUCUGAUCAUGAAGGUCACAUUUGAAGGUCUUGCCAUGUGUUUGAAAACUGUUUGAAUGCUUUAAUUCCACAUUAAGCAUUUGGACACUGACACAAGCAGCUCAAAAUAACAUGUUGUGUGCUGAAAGAGUCAGAGCAGUUGUAUUAUAUCUUGUGGCGCUGGAAAAUUCAUUAGAGAAAGAUGAAAUGAUCGAGAAGCUUUUGUUUUUCAGGAAGAUGUUGUGGAUGGAGUACAUUUAUUUAAGGAGACUGCUGAUUGUGUAUAUGUAUUUGGUGGUUUCAAGUUGACCAUAAUGAAUAAGGGGUACUUGCUGGCAGUUGUACCUGUAGUACUUAUUGGAUUGGCCAGAACCAUAUAGACGAACAGGCCAGAACACAUUUAAAGUUGUGUUCCCCGAGCAUAUUUACAUUUUAGUUACCUCUCCUAAGCUGCAAAAGUUUAAUUGAUAUGAAUAAAAAAAAAAUUGCAAAGAUGAUUGAGUAGCUGUGGAAGCUUUUCAUGGAGUGUGUGAUACUUCAAAAUAGAACGUGUCACUGCCUUCACUUUGUUUUGAAACUAACUACAUAAUCUUCCAGGAUUUGUCAUGGCAGGUUAUGGAGACCUUUCAUUGUGUUGAUGUGUUUAAAAUAUAUAUAUAUAUAUAUAUAUUAUGCCAUAAAAGUGUAUAUGGUGUGUUUACUGUGGAAAAAUGGUGACUUCAUAGUCCCACGUCCCACAUACUCCUUUAAAAUAUUAUACAGUAUUUUCCUACGUAUCAUGCAUGAUCACGUAAACAUAGUACAGAAAAAUAAGGUGGAUGUAUUUAAAGUACAACUUUUAUUUGAUUUUUUUUCACAAUAAACACACCUUCCACCUUUUGUUUGUUUUUACCUAACCUGAACUACUACUGUUGACAAAUAGUUGCUAGUCAUUUUUGUCCAAGUACAACAACUACUGAAAUACCCGUUGUCUCUUUACAUAAUGAUGUUGUUGCUUGAUUGUGUUCAGCUAGUGUAGAUCCAAACCAGCGUGAGCCGGACCUCCUCCAUACACAUCUAACAUUUGCGCCUCCAGUGAUCAGAUGAUGAACCCAUGUGUAAUCUCAGCCAUUCAUUCUCACACACACACACACACGCACCAACAUUGACAUCGCAUUUUCACACACAUACCAUGCUCACAUUGACACGCUCACGCUUAAACACUCCUGCAGAAAAUAAACGGUAACAGUUGA